AUGUCGCUCUCGGAUGCUGCCGCAAUAAUUCGGGAGCUCUCAGAGCAAGAGUUCCCCACAAUCUUCUACACAUCAGUAUCUUUUGCACUAUUCAAGACAUACGGAAUUCCGACUAUUUCCAAGCUUCUUGUCGCGACGAGUCAGCUUUCCGGCGACGCCACAGCCUCGAAGCGGCGCACCGACACAGGCGUCUUGAUGACAGAAAUCAUGAUGAACAAACCCGAGUGUCCUCGUAGCAUCGAAGCUAUCGCCCGCGUCAACUUCCUCCAUGACCGCUGGCGUAAAGCUGGGAAGAUCUCCAACGACGACUUGCUCUAUACACUGAGCCUCUUCGCCCUCGAGCCAGUGCGCUGGACCGCCAGGUACGAGUGGCGAGAUCUGACCAUGCUCGAGAAGAACGCCAUGGCAAUGUUUUGGAGAGACUUGGGCAAGGAGAUGGAGAUUUCGUACGAUUGUUUGAUCCCGCACAUGGCCGAGAAAAACGACGCCGUCGCAUGGCUGGAUGCUCUGCAAGUCUGGAGCAUCAACUACCAGGAGAAGUAUAUGGUUUACGCCGUCCCGAACGAGAAGCUUGCACAUGCCAACGUGCACCUACUACUCCUCGAUCUUCCAAAGUGGUCGCACAGCUUCGUUUUUGCCCAACUACGGUGUUUGAUGGAGACCCAGUUGAGGCAUGCAAUGGGUUACGAGGACCCUAGCGACUUUCAAUUUUCCGUCUUUAACGCUAUCAUGAACACGCGCCGCUGGGUUCUGAGGAAUCUUUGUCUUCCGAGGCCCAAAUGGUGGACCAACCCAAUGCUCAAGGACAUCGACAAGAAGACUUGCCGAUACUACUUGCCGACUUAUUUGGCCCAUCCAUACUACGUCAAGCCUACCUUCUACUCACGAUGGGGGCCUGCCGCUAUUUACAGCCGUCUCAUCGGUGGCCGCCUUCCUGGAGAUGAGGGUACCAAAUACCAUCCUGACGGUUAUCUGAUUCCCGAAGUAGGGCCUGAUUCCCAAAGGGGCAAGGGAAAGGAGUACAUGGAUAUGACCAAAGAACGAAUUUCAAAGGCUAGAGGCUGCCCGAUGGCCUUUGGAGUGUGA